AUGAAAUUCUCCUGGAUACGGGACAUAUCAGCCGUGGGCUUCGCCCUCUUCUUCACAACACACGCCCAGCAGCCAGCAUCCUCCCCAGAGCACCCUCGACUGACGACAUGGGAAUGCACCAUAUCCGGGGGGUGCACGCCCCACGAAACAUCCGUAGUGGUGGACUGGGACAGCCACUAUAUUCAUGAAGCAAACGGAAUAACGCCUUGUCUGUCACUGAGCGGGGUUGAUCGAACCCUCUGUCCGAACGGGACUGCCUGUGCACGAAAUUGCGUCAUUGAGCCAGCAAACUAUACCAACUACGGGAUUGUCACCUCACACGAUACCAUAACCCUGUCCAAGUACACCAGGGGGGAUGGGAGUCCCCGCAAGGGCGAGCCGCGCGUUUACCUCCUCGGCCCUGAUGGGGACUAUAUGUCGCUCCAGCUACUAGGCCGAGAGCUCUCCUUCGACGUCGACGUCUCAGCCCUUCCGUGCAGCGAGAAUGGGAAUCUCUACCUAUCCGAAAUGGACAUGACAGGGGGGAGGUCGGAACAUAACCCCGGUGGCGCUCGAUUCGGGUCCGGAUAUUGCAACGCCCAAUGUCCCGUGCUGAACUGGGUGAACGGGACCCUAAAUGAGAAUGAACGUGGAGCAUGCUGCAAUGAAAUGGACAUUUUCGAGGGCAAUGCCUAUGCGACUCACUAUGCUGCGCAUCCCUGUGUCGCUGACGAAUGUGCCUCCGCGGGGUGCAUCUUCAAUCCGUAUAUGGCGGGUUCCCGCAAUUUCUGGGGUCCGGGCAUGGAGGUUGAUACGGCGAAGCCUCUCACUAUUAUCACACAGUUUGUCACGGACGAUAAUACAACGUCAGGAAUGCUCGUCCAGAUCCGUCGGAUGUACAUCCAGGACGGGAAAGUCAUUCCAAACGUCCCGGCUGCGCGGGACGACGGGUCUUGCCUUCAUGCAGACAACUUCUCCUCGUCUGUUGGGCUGUCACCUAUAGCUCAAGCACUCGCCCGGGGCAUGGUAAUGGUCCUCAGCCUAUGGAGCGAUCCAGAACACGGCAUGCAGUGGUUGGAUGGAGGAGACGCCGGACCCUGCGAUUAUUGGGAUGAUGCAGCGGAGACCCAGCAGCCAGACCCCUAUCUGGUGUUCUCAAACGUGCGCUGGGGAGAUAUUGGGUCAACAUAUAGACAUAAGAUUGGAUUUGCAUCAUCUGUAUCAUAUAAAGACGAAUUGUAA